AUGUCUCUCAAGCGCAAAGCUUCAUUCACAGCUCUCCCGACCAGCCAGGGAGUCCCAGCUCCAAGCGAAUGGGGCAUGGCAAUCAAUGGCAACACACACCUCCACAGCCGGACGCGAAAGCGCUUCAGAGAUGACCGUCCCAGUGACGAAGUGAUAUACCAGAACACACUACGAUGGAUCUUCUCCGCACAAAAGCAACCACAGCCCACCGAUAUGGACACAAUGGACUCAGAGCCGACUUCCGAAACACCAGAACCCGUCGAUCCUCGGCAGCAAACGUUACAUCGAUUCUUCCAACAAACAACCCAGCGAUCAACCCCCUUCCGACCUUCCCGUCAAGCCCUUGCGCCGCGCGCCAAUGAAACUGCGCUUACCCAAGAGUAUAUCCUACGACGCCAAGCGUUUGAUCAGACGAGUUCUGUGGGCAGUGCAAGCGAAAGAAAUAGCCCAGGGUUCGAUACCAUGGGCGCAGAUGUAGACAUGGACAUGGAAAUGGACAUUGACAGUGGAAGUGGUAGUGAUGGAUCUGGACAUACUCCUCCAACCUUGGUGGGAGACAUGACUUGGAGGUAA